CACGUUUAAUUCUUUUCGAACGUUGACACCACUUAAAGCCAUCUCGCCUGAGAAGAUAUCUAAUCAACCACUUUUUUCCCCCCAUGGGAAAGGAUUAAGUUUACUAGCGCCUUCGUCACUGCCCUCCUGAGACCACCAUGGCUGUGGUACCCUGCAUCCAGCUGUGUAGACGAAGGCGUCAAUCAUGGAGGAUCACGCCGUUCACCAGGCAGAACACAUGACCACCAUCGAGGCCAGCGCUGUCAGUCAGCAGGUGCACGUGACUACCUUUGCCGACACAUCCAUGAUGAGCGGCGAUGAGGAUUCCACCUCCUCGCCGGACGACGAUCCCUACGACGACACGGACAUCCUCAACUCGGCCGGCAACGACGAGGUCACCGCCCACCUCGCAGCUGCAGGCCCCGUUGGCAUGGCAGCAGCUGCCGCCGUGGCAACGGGUAAGAAAAGGAAGAGGCCCCAUAUCUUUGAAUCGAACCCGUCUAUCCGCAAGAGGCAGCAAACACGUCUCCUCAGGAAGCUGAGGGCUACGCUGGACGAGUACACCACCCGCGUGGGCCAGCAGGCCAUCGUGUUGUGCAUGUCCCCCAACAAACCCAACCCUGUCUUCAAGGUCUUUGGUGCUGCUCCAUUGGAGAAUGUGGUGAGGAAGUACAAGGGCAUGAUGCUGGAGGACCUGGAGAACGCUUUGGCAGAACACGCCCCUGCCGGGGGUGAACUGUCGUCGGAAUUGCCCCCGCUUACCAUUGACGGGAUCCCUGUCUCUGUGGACAAAAUGACACAGGCCCAGCUGCGAGCCUUCAUCCCAGAGAUGCUGAAGUACUCGACGGGCCGAGGCAAACCCGGCUGGGGCAAGGAGAGCUGCAAGCCCGUGUGGUGGCCCGAUGACAUCCCCUGGGCCAACGUGCGCAGUGACGUGCGAUCUGAGGACCAAAAAACCAGGGUCUCCUGGACGCAGGCGCUGAGGACCAUUGUGAAAAACUGCUACAAGCAGCAUGGACGUGAGGAUCUGCUGUACGCUUUUGAGGACCAGCAGGUCACCACCACGACCACGCAGCACCAUCUGGCCGCCGCGCAGAGCAUCGCCCACCUGGUGCCCUCGCAGACGGUGGUGCAGACUAUCAACAACCCCGACGGAACGGUGUCGCUCAUCCAAGUCGGGACGGGGCACACGGUGGCCACGUUGGCAGACGCCUCGGAACUACCCGGCGUGACGGUGGCGCAGGUCAACUACUCCACAGUGGCGGACGGAGAAGUAAAGGCACACGUGAAUAUGAGUUUAUUUUUGUUGUUGUUUUUUUUUUUUACACGUGAAUGCAUUCUGAUGAAAGCGACUCCUCAGGUGGAGCAAAACUGGGCCACCCUCCAGAGCGGGGAGAUGACAAUCCAAACCACGCAGGCCUCAGAGGCCACGCAGGCGGUAGCGUCGCUAGCUGAAGCCGCUGUUGCAGCCAGUCACGAAAUGCAGUCAGGUGCCACUGUCACCAUGGCACUCAACAGCGAAGCGGCAGCCCACGCGGUUGCGACGUUGGCGGAAGCGACGCUUCAAGGCGGGGGGCAAAUCGUGCUGGCUGAAACGGCAGCUGCUGUCGGGGCACUGGCGGGAGUACAGGACGCCACAGGUCUGGUUCAAAUCCCAGUCAGCAUGUAUCAGACGGUGGUGACCAGCCUGGCGCAAGGCAACCGGCCCGUGCAAGUGGCCAUGGCACCGGUCGCCACACGCAUCGACAGCACCAUGACGCUGGACGGUCAAGCGGUAGAGGUGGUGACGUUGGAGCAGUGAUCGGACCGCGACACCGAGUCCUAAUCUACACUUCCAAACUUCAUACAUGACGUUUGCUGGCAGGGUGUGCACAUUAUGUGUUCAGUGUUUGUUUGUUUUUUUGCUUAGGUAUUUAUUUGCUCACCGAAAAUGAACCAAAAAGGCUUCACAGUUAAACUACACUCCUUUCUGUAGACUCCACAUGACAAUAAAAUGUUUUUUUAUCACAUCGCAGUACUCAGGAAGUACAUCAGGUAUUUUUCUUUUGAAGUUGGACGCUUUUUACUGUAUGAAAAUCACAUAGUAAUUUUGUGUGAACAAUUUUUGAUUCCGCAACUCUGCCAUCCUCAAUUUUCCGUAUUGUCUUACCAACCUUUUCUUGACUAUCCGUAUGUAAAUUGGCAUUGUGGGGAUAGACAGUGUAGUAUGUUGUACAGAUUGUGAAAUGACUCUUGACAUGAUAAACAAAAUGAAUUAAAGUGAC